UUGAUUAAUUUAUUAUUACUAAUUCGAAGUUGCUUAUACAGAGCGGGAGUUUUGUCCAGGGUUUUAUCUCUGCAAAGGGUAGAGGUUUAGUCACACAGUGGUGGAUGUGUGUGUUUUGGUUUUGCAGGAUUAGUGGUAUUUUCGGUGGAGGCUUUACGUGCUUUUGUGCUGAACUGAUGCCAGAUUUACAAGGGUUUGCUUCUCUGCUUCAAUUUUCAGCAUGGUUAGUUCAUGAUUUUGAUCCUUUUAAGGGGAAGAAAUCAUGAUAUUGCCCAUGCCGUUCAGAUGGGUUGUUAAUGUGACUUGAAUCAGAUGAUCUACACUCGACUAGAGGUCAGGGGAACUCCCUGUAUGGCUUGUACACGUUUGGGAUUCCGCGUUGGACCUGGGUCGUUAUCCAGGAAAAUGAAGAAGAUAGGGCUCGGUGAUGAGGAGUGGAACACCUUGGAGGAGAAGGCCCACUCAACCAUCAUACUAUCAUUGUCUGAUGACAUCAUAAUAGAAGUCGCUUCUAAGAAGACUGUUGCAAGCUUGUGGUUGAAGUUAGAAAGUAUGUAUAUGACGACGUCUUUAACCAACGAGUUACAUCUCAAGUAACGUCUAUUCAGCUUGAGGAUGCAAUAAGUAACGCCUUUAAGGGAGCAUCUAGAAAAGCUAAAUGUUAUCUUGUUAGAUUCGCGUAACAUAGAUGUCAAAGCAGAUGAUGAAUAUGUUGCUUUUAUCGUGUUAAUUUCUUUGUCGUGG